AUGGGCAAUUGCCUUGCACCUUUAGCCCAAAGUUCCUCCAGUGCCACCGCAGAGCAAGAUAGCGCUCCACAGCAACCUACACCCGAACAACCAUUAUCACCUAUAUCUCACGUCUUCUCUACAUCUUCCAGUUCGAGUAGACAACCAAUAUCCGAUAGGGUACGUAGGAACAAAAGCGUCUCAUCAAAAGUCAGAAAUUCAAGAUCGAGUAGCAUCUUUUCGAUGGGCGGUGGACCAUCUUUGGAUGCAUUGAGGAAUUAUGCAACUUUAUCAAAUCCAACAUCAUCUUUACCACCUUCGAAAUUAUUAUUGUCAUCAAGUAAUACAUUAGCUGUAUUUGAUGCAUAUCCAAAAGCUAAAUAUCAUUUUUUGGUUUUGCCAAGAUAUCCAUUCCCACCUCUAUCGAAUCCUGAAAGUAAAAAUUCAAUCGCACCUUUAGAAGCUUUUGAUGAUUUAAAAUCCCUUUUAAUGAAGAUGAACAGAGAAGCAAGAGAAGAUGUUUUGAUUUCAAUGUCAAACAUGGCUAGAGAAGUUGAAGAAAUGAUAAGGGAUGAAAUGUUGAAAACUGAAGGUUUCGAAUGGAAGAUUGAUGUGGGUUUUCAUGCUAUACCCUCCAUGAAACAUGUUCAUCUCCAUGUCAUAUCGGAUGAUAGGAUAUCACCAUCGCUCAAAACGAAGAAACAUCAUAAUUCUUUCCGACCUGAUUUAGGAUUUUUCAUUCCGAUCAUGGAAGUCCAAAGGUGGAUAGAGGAUGAUUCCAACAUGCAAGAGAGAGUAGACGCUCUAUCAAGCGCAGAAAGACUCUUGAAUACACCUUUAACAUGUCAUAAAUGUGAUGAAUUCAUGACGAAUAUACCAAAACUCAAGACUCAUCUUGAAAAGCAUUUCGUAGAAGAACGAGCUGCAGAAUUGAGACAUAUCGCAAGACAUGGAACACAAAGAAAUAGUGACGAAGAGAUGUUUUAG